UUUUUUUUUCCGAAAAGAAGUUCUUUUUCUAUCUCUUAUUUUCUUUUUCCUCUCUUAUUUUCCCUCAAUCCAAACAAAGAGUCAAAGUCAAGAAAACCGGGCAUCUCCGUCUUGCAUCAGCAGCAACAAGAUACACUGAUACACUCCUUACUUUACAACCGUAGAUUCAACUUCUUAUUUACCUGUAACUCAACUAAAGCUUGCCAAAUAAAAAAAAAGAAAAAGGAAAAAGGAAAUGCAGGGCGAUGAAGCCAGGGUCUUGCUAGGCUUCCCUCCCAGUUCGCGCCCUACCCCAUCGCAGAUUAAAGCUGCUUACAGAAAGAAAGUAUGGGAGUCUCAUCCUGACCUGUUUCCUGUUCAAGAAAAGCCUUGUGCUGAAUCCAGGUUCAAAUCAAUUUCAGAAGCUUAUGCUUUACUGCUGUCUGAUCACAUGCUGCUGUAGUUAAUUUAAGUGGUUCAGGCUUACUUAAGAAAGGCCGCAGAUGAUUUUAAGGACGAAAAGCAAAUCAACCGAGUCUUUGGGAGACAUGCGACAGGAUAGUUGCACUUGGAGAACGACUUCCAGCUCAUCAAAAGGGUUUCCCCUUUAUAUCUGGUGGAUGCGAGAAAUGGCCACUUGAGUUUCUUCAUUUUACUUAUUCUCUUUUGUUUAUUGGGUUACACUUGUCACGACAACCAAAAGCUAUAAAGAUUUUGCUGCUAUGCUGAUUGCCAAACGAUUGAAGAGAGGGCUUUGCUUCGGCACACAGGACAUGUAAACCCUGGGUGGGAGCAUGGAAUUGCUCAAGAUGAAAGGAAUAAGAAUGUAAUAUGCAAGUAUUAUGCCAAAAUAGGUAGUGGUGGAAUAUUCAGGUUGAAGCAACAUUUAGCUGGAAUGUCUGGUGAAGUUAUUUGCUGUGAUAAGGUUCCUGAGGCAGUAUGAGAAAAAAUCUGGAAGGAUGCCGUUCUGGUAAGAAAAAAUCUGGAACGAUGCCAUUCUGGUAAAAAACAAAGACAAACGGAAUAUGAAAAGGCAUCUAUGACUUUCCAACCAAAUGAAUUCAUUGAUAUGGGCAAAGCUCCUGGUAAUUACAAACAGAAAGACAGGAAAGUGAUAGGCAAUAAGAAUUUAGUUGUAAGGUCUGCUCCACCUUGGUCAUUAGGAUAAAAUGGAUAAAGUGAAGUGAUAUUUGGACCCAGGCUGGGAACAUUGCACUGGUCAAGAUGAAAAGAAGAACUGGGAUAAAAUGCAGUUAUUAAGAAAAAUAAUUAGGGGAAGCAUCAACCAAUUUAAACAGCAUCUAGCGAGUGUCCCAGAAGAAGUUGCCUACUGUGAUAAGGCAUCUGAGGAAGUGUAUCUAAAAAUCAAGGAAAACAUGAAGUGGCACUGUACUCGCAGUACGAGUUGGAAACAUGAAACGAAGGAGAUUUCCGCUAUCUGCAUGCACCAGGAUGACGAGGAUGAAGAAGAAGAACAGGAGGGAGGAUUGAUGCGGUG